UAGAGGUGGAUGUUCCUACCGUACACACGUGUGAGCAGCACCGCGGCUAACUGCAGCUCCUCAGCCACGCUGUUUAGAUACACACCAUGGCAAAGGCAGAUAUUGUAAGAUGCAGAAAGAGACAGAGCAUAGUGGUUGGAGAAGACCCGGUUAACAAUGAAGAGCGGACUGGGAAUGAACGAAUACCACUAACAGGGGAAGUCACAGAAGUGGAAAUGAAACGGGAUGAUGAGGGAGACGAGCAAGAUGUUCAGAUACACACCGCCAUAGAAGUUAAAGGAAAAACACCCACAGUGACUGUGACCUGGGGGAAGGAGCGCGACGAGGAAGAGAAUGAUGAGACAGAGGAGAUGAGCUGUGAAGGUGAUCAGGUGAUGGGAAAUGGAACUGGGAAGCGGAAAGCAGACUCGUGCGCCGAAACGUCCCCGCCAAAGAAAACUAAGCUGAUUGAUGAUGGCCUUUGUAUUUACAUUGGCAACCUGAACAACUCUAAAACAAGUGAAGAGGUCAAAGUUUCGUUAGCAAAGUACCUCAUGUCACAAAGUCUGCUGUUUCAAGACAUCCGCUUAGACCGCUCCAGAAAAUAUGCAUUUGUAGAUAUGGCCUCACAAAUGGACGUGACCAAAGCUUUGACGUUGGAUGGAGAGACCGUCCUUGAGAAGCCAAUGAAGAUUGCCAAAGCAAAUGCUAAAAAGGAGGAAAAGGUCAAAGUCAAAGCUUCCCCGCUUGACAAAACAGCCAAGGAUGCCAGAUGUUUGUUCCUGAAGAAUGUGCCAUACAACGCCACAAAAGAAGACAUCCUGGAAGUUUUCGGCAAAGCCGUCGCCGUUCGGUUUCCUGGUGGAGCUAAAGGACCCAGCCAGGGAAUUGCAUUUGUGGAGUUUAAAGAUGAAGCCAUUCCUCAGAAAAUACGUGAAGAAAACGAAGAAGUUAAGAUCCAGGGCCGGGUUCUGAUCGUGGACGGUGUUGGAGAAGAUAACAAGAAUAAGAGCGAAAAAGCUGAAGCUCCUCCAAAUGAGACUCUAUUUGUGGGCAAUUUGCCUCUCAACGUGAAAGAAAAACAUCUCAAGAAAGUUUUUCAGAAAGCAGUUAAUAUCAUCUUACCUCAAAGCCAAGGCAAGCCGAGGCGAUAUGCAUUUGUUGAGUUUGCAACAGUGGCAGACGCUGAAAAGGCCUUGCAGUCCGCCCAAAAUACCAAGCUCUGCAAAAAAGCAAUCAGAAUUCAGUUCUGUAACACAAAAACAAAGCCGCAGGACCCAAAAGUCCCAUCGAAAACUCUUCGAGUAUCUGGCCUCACCGAGAAAACGACUGCAGAGAUGCUUAAAGGCUUCUUUGAAGGAGCCCUCAGCGCCAGAGUCCCCGUAACCAAAGAAACAGGACUUUCCCAGAGAUUUGGUUUUGUCGACUUUGAGAGUGAAGAAAGUUGCAAAGCUGCCAAAGAAGCCAUGGAGGACUGUGAGAUAGAUGGAAGCAAAGUGACUGUAGCUUAUGCAACACCCAAAGGGGAAAGAGGUCAGAAAGCUGUCAAAAAACCCCAGGCUGGAUCGUCCCCGGAUGUGGCAACUGGCACACAGGCGUGAAGUGUGUUUCCUCUUUCGACGGAGAAGUCAACGAAGAUGGCGAUGUGGAUGUUUACUUCUAAAGCAGCACAGAUGUGGUCAUCAUUAAACACGACAACAUAAAGUGUGAUAAACCCAGGGACUGGGUUGCACCAUGAGGGAUCAUUUUAUUAUAAAAAUUGUUGUCUUACUCGAUAUUUGUGAGCUGUUUUUGUUAUGGGAACCUUGGAAUGUAUCACGCCAAUCAAUCAGGAAGGAAAUGUUUAAAAGAGAGGUGUUUAUUCUGAUACUAGUGGUCAGUAAUGUGAAUACUAAAUGUUCUACGGUUCUGUUAACAGUAAUUUAUGGCCCAUUAUCCAGCUCCAGGCGCUCAGAUGUACAGAAUACUACUUAGUAAAGUGUUAGUAUUGCCUCGUAUAAUCCCAAGUAAGUUAAAUGUUGUCUCAUUGUGAAAUAAUGGUCUGUGCAUCAAGAACUGAUGAUAAAACCUGUUUCCUUUUAAUGUCAAGUUACAACAUGGUGCAGCAAGAAACUGUCAGCUCCAGAUUUGGCAGCUGCAACUGGACUUAGUAUAAAUUCAGGGAUCAGCAUCCCCCUCCCCACUGUCUCCUGACACUUCAGCACAUAUUUGACUUGAGCACACAGUUACCUUGGAAGCAUCUAGGAGCCGGAGACUUCAGGACCACCAGGAGCUGGAGCACUGUUGGCUCCAUGUUUGAUCCUGUGUCCGAUCCUCAUGUUCAGUCCCAAAAGCAAAGUUGAUGUUAGGCAUCAGCUGUGUUGUGUUUUUUAUUUUAUAUGGAUUUUAAUGCUUUUUUUUAAGUCUCUGUAUUUAGAGGUAAAAACAUUAGAUAUGAAUGGAUCAAUGUUGCAGACAAAUCAGAGUGGUAGUACAUGAGGGUGCUUGGUGUGAAUAUCUUCAGUCUUGACUGAAGAAAUAUAUAUGGAGAUAUGUAUCUUUUAGAAAGAAGAUGUGGGUGUUGCGUGUCCAAGGAUACUGUGAAUUGAAUAUGAAUCCCUAAAGGGAAACUUCUUGUUCCAGUGUAAAUGAAAAUAAACAUAAGGUGACAAACUG